AUGCAGAGCCCCGCUCCUGCGGGCUCCGCCGCCUCGGCACCCCCCAUCGCACUCUCGCCCGUAGAGAGGAGCGCCUUUGCGCAUCUCUUCAACCUCGCCGAUCCGGAGCGCACCGGCAUCGUCACCGGUGAUGCCGCCGUCUCCUUCUUUGCCAAGUCCAAGCUGCCCCCGCCCGUCCUCGGUCAGAUCUGGGCCAUGGCCGACAGCGCCAACAACGGCUUCCUCACUCCGCCCUCCUUCAGCAUCGCUCUCCGCCUCAUCGCUCACGCACAGCGCGGCGAGCCCGUCACAGACGCCCUCAUCAAGCGUCCCGGCCCGCCUCCCACCAUGGAGGGCGUCAACCUCCCGCUCACCGCACAGCUCACCGGCUCCCAGUCCGCCGCUCCCGGCGCCACCAACAUGCCCGGCGUCAUCGAGAUCAAGCCCGAGGAUCGCGCCCGCUACACCCGCAUCUUUGCCAACUCCGGCCCCUCGGGCGGUCUCAUCGACGGCGACCGCGCCAAGGAGAUCUUUGUCAAGUCCAAGCUUCCCUUUGACAAGCUCGGCGCCAUCUGGAACCUCGCAGACACCCAGGCACGCGGCGCCCUCGAUCUCACCGACUUUAUCAUCGCCAUGCACUUCAUCCAGAACACCAUGAACGGCUCCCUCAACUCCAUCCCCGCCGCCCUCCCGCCUGGCCUCUACGAGCAGGCCAAGGGCUCCGGCGGCGUCGGUUCGCGCGUCGUACCCGGCUCACCUCUCGCUGCACAGAACACUGGCGGCUCGGCAUCCGGCUUCGGCUCUGCCAUGGGCAUUCAGCGUCAGAUGACCGGUUCCAACUUCCAAGCUUCCUCGGCUUUCCAGUCGCCCCAGCAGACAAUAUCCCCUCCUGCCGCUGCUCCUACGGCCACCGCUGCCGCCCCAGCGGCUGCAGCUCCCUGGGACGUGACUCCCGAAGAAAAGGCUCGCUCCGAUCAGUUUUUCGACGGCCUCGACGUCUCCAAGAAAGGUCGCCUCGAUGGCGCCGCCGUCGUGCCCUUCUUCAUGCAGAGCAAACUCACCGAGGCCGUGCUCGCUCACGUCUGGGACCUCUCCGACGUCACCCAGACCGGCACCCUCUCCAAAGACGAGUUCGCCGUCGCCAUGCACCUCAUCAACGCCCAGCUCGCCGGCAAGCCGCUGCCACAGGAACUCCCCACCACGCUCGUCCCGCCCUCGAUGCGCAGCAUGGAUCUGCCCGCCGCCGUCAACCCGCACCAGUCCGACACCCAGAAGGACCUCUUCUCGCUCAUGGACGACGACCCACCCGCGCCCACCAUCUCGGCUUCGUCCGCUUUCAUCACUCCCUCCCCCGCCGCACCAGUCGUGCACAACCAACCGUUUGGCGUCGCCCCAGCCCCCGCUGCCACCACCGCACAGCGCUCGGCUCCCGGUCCGUUCGACGACGACUUCUUUGGCGCAUCCGACGCCACUCCCAGCGCUCCAACGCCUUUCCAAUCCAGCCAGCCCGCAGCCGCAACCCUCUCGCCCGCGGCCACCGGUGGCAGCUUUGGCAGCGCAGCCGCCUUCCGUUCGCCCGGCAUCGCCUCGCCCACCGGCGUAGCUUCGCCUUCCGCCUCCACGUCGCGCCUCGGCACCGCCUUUGGCGCAGGUGCAGCCGCCACUGCUGCAGGCGCCGUCGCUGGUGCCGCUUUCGGCUCGGGUUCGGGCUCGGGAUCGGCCACCGCCACCGACCAAGGCGCCGAUUUCGGAAACAAGUCGCUGCAGCUGCAGAGCACCGAGAAGGCCGUGUCCGACCUCCAGUCCAGGCGCGCCACCCUCGAGAGCUCCGUGGCCACCAACGCUUCGACGCUCGCCGAGCUCGAGUCGCGUCUCUCCACCGUUCGCGGCCAGCACGACACCGAGUCCAAGCUGGUCAAGGACCUCGAGGAGCGCUCGCAGAAGCAGAAUGCGGAGCUCAAGACGCUGCGAGAGGACGUCAUCCGCGAGGAGAGCGAGCUCAGCGCGCUCAAGGCCGAAAAGGACGAGCUGGAGCAGGCGCUCAUGCGCGACCGCGAGGACGUGCGCGACAUGAAGAAGCGCAUGAACGACGUGCAGACCGAGACCAAGUCGCUCAAGGAGCAGCUCGACAAGCUGCGCAAGGACGCCAGGCAGCAGAAGGGCCUCGUCGCCAUCAGCAAGAAGCAGCUCGCCACCGCCGAGGCCGACCAGGAAAAAGUGGCCGGCGAGAUCGAGGCUGUGCAGCGCGGAGACGUCGAGGCGGCCACCGAGCACAAUGCCGCGCCCGCGCACGCCGAGGCGGUGACGAGCCCGGCUGCAAGCGUUCGCAGCACCAAUCCCUUUGACCGCUUCGGAACCGGCGCGAGCGCUUCCCCGCAGCCGGGCACGCCUGCGCUGCCUCCUGCCGGUGCUAGCCACCAUGGCGGCGUCGGAACGGCUCUGGCAGCUGGCGCCGGUGCCGGCGCGGUGCUCGGUGGCGUUGCUGCGGCAGCUUCCCACCACGACACCGAUGUGCCUCACACUGGCGUUGCGGACGAAGCAGUGCACGACGCCGAUCCGUUCGGCGUUCAGCACACGCAGCAGCCGGCACAGCCUGCGCAGAGCCUCGGCUUUGACGACGCCUUUGCCGUCCCCGGCGAAUCCACCACCGAUGCUCCGGUACAGGCAACCUCGGCCGACUUUGACGACAACUUUGGCGACGAUUUCGGCGCGGGCACUGCUGCUCCCACUGGCGUCGUUGCGGACAAGGCUGAUGAGCCUGUUGUGGGUGAUGAGGUUUCGCGCGUCGCAGAGCCGGCGGCUGCGGGCGGGCUCGCUGCUGACAGCUCCGACGACGACGACGACGGGCCCGAGGACGUCAGCGGCUACAAGGGCCACGACACGGCCGGUGCUGCCGAACGCUUCCCCGACAUCGACGAUUCGACGCAGGAUGUUGGCGCGGCGGCUGCGGUCGAGCCCAAGCACGAGGAACGCACGGUGCCAGGCGGACUGGAGGACGUUACCGCUGCCAGUGUCGUAACUCCUGCCUCGUCGGCUCCCGUCGACCCUUCGGCGAUCGGAUCUGUAGCGGGCGAGCGCACUGCGUCGACGACGUCGAUCGCGCCCGUAAGCCGCCAGGAGACCGGAGCCCCCGCCACCCCCGCCGAAGCCGCUUCGGAAGUCGAACAGACUCCGGCUGCUGCGGCUGCGGCGGGUGGGCUGGGUGUUGCAGCUCUCGCUGCUGGUGCGGGCGCUCUGACGGUGGGCGAGCGAGGCACUGCGGAUGUGCAGCCCGAGGUGUCGUCGCCGACGGACGACGUGCCGCUCAGCCAACUCAUGGCUGCGCAAAACCCCAAGGCUGCAGGCGUGGAGCCGUCGGUAAGCCCGAGCUCUUCGAUCAAGACAAGGCGUGCGCCGCCGCCCGCACCCGUGCGCAGCGGGACGGCGCUCUCGGCUGCCUCGCCUGCCGCGGCGCCGACGGUGCUAGCUGCCGAGCCGACGAGCGGUACGGCGGCGCCUGUCAAGCCGGUGGAGGCGUCGACGAAUCCGUUCGGCAUGGACGACUUUGGCGCGGGCGCGAAGCCGCACCCGACGCAUGGGGAUAGCGGCAGCGGCAGUGGGUUCGACGACUUUGACUCGGCCUUCGAGGAUCUCGGUCCGUCCGAGGCGGUUCCGAAUGCCGCAGCUGCCGGCACAGGCGCGGCAGGUGCAGUGCCACAGAGCGGCUUCGACGACGCGUUUGACAACGACUUUGACUUUGUGCCGUCGUUCAGCACGGGUGCUGCGGGUGCUGCGGGUGCGGGUGCGGGCACGGCAACCACUCGAGCCGUUCCUGCCGCCCCAACGGGAGGUCAGAAGGAUACGUUUGACGAUUUCGAUGCGGCGUUCGACAGCGCUCCCACUUCCACCGCCACCGCCGCCGCUCCUGCUGCUGCUGCUGCAGUUGCGACCCAGACUGGGACGACGUCCAACACUGCGUCUGGCUUCAGCUUUGAUGAUGCGUUCGACCCGGCGGCCAGCACAGCUGCGCCUGCGGUGUCGAUUCCCGCAUCGACCGCGAGCACCUCUGCCGGUGCCGGUGUAAGCUCACCGACGGCGGCGGAGGGGACGUAUGCGCCGCCGCCUGGCCCUCCUCCUGGUUUCAACGCUCCGCCCGCGGUGCCUCCGCGCUCGAGCGCACGCACGGCGACGGACGAGGCCGAGGACUACACCGGUGCGCUUCCCGACGACGCUGGGCCGGUCAAGCAGCUGUGCGGUAUGGGCUUUACGCGUCAGGCCGUGAUCAAUGCGCUGGAGAAGUCCAACUAUCGCACCGAAAAGGCGCUGGAACGACUGCUCGCCUCGACCAACUAA